GCAGCUGCAGGGGGGGACGUGGGUAAGGAUAUGGGGAUGGACCCCUGAUCCCCCCGGCAGGGAGGGCCCUGGAACUCAAGUACAGGAGCCUCCCGCCCGUCCCUGCAGCUCUCCAGGAAGCUGCAGGCAGGCUGAGGUCGGAGCUGGAGCCGGACCCGCAGCCCAAGGGGAACAUCCCGGGUGACUCCAGCAGGGCUGUGGCCGCCCACAGGAAGCCAGGCUGGCACCCCCGGGCUUAUCAACGGGCACAGCCGGCCCCAGUACCCACAGCUCUGGGGGGAGUAAGGCUGGGGGAGCUCAGCACCCUCAAGAUGGGACCCCGCAGAUCUGGUGGGGCAAUGGGGCUGGGGUAGCUCAGCAUCCCUGGCAUGGGAUCCUGCAGCCCCAUGACCCUCCUGACCCACUUGGCUGGGCCUGGCAUGAGCCAUGCUCAGAAAGUGGGACCCCAAAGCCUUGUGCAUGGAGGACCCCAUGGACAUGGAGGAUCCAUGGACACCCCAGCUCAGAGCCAGGCACUGAGCUCCCUCCUGCUCCCCAGGUGCCCCUGAGCCCCUGGCUGCGUGGGACCCGCUGCCCAGCCGUCUGUGAUGCUGAGCAGGGACAUGCAGUGAGUCUCACAGUGUGGGGACAGUCAGAUUGAAUAUGGCAUGCCCGACAUGCACCCAUUGGGGCUCAAACCUGCUGCUGGAGGAUCCCCCUGGACCUGAUGCCCACCCAGACACAGCAAGACCCCCACCAGCUGCCAGCACCUGCAGCUGUCCCCCAGGACCCUGCCUGCACCCCUUGGCCCAGGCAGCUCCAGAGGGGCAGAUGCAGAACCCUGGAUUUUUGCCAGGGUCUCAUACACCCCAGAAUGGCCCCAGCACACCCACAGCAGCAUUGGCCCUGUCCCGGCACCAGAACACCCACACUCCCGGACGAGAUUUAUCUCCCACCCAUUUAGGGGCAGCUCAUGAAAAGGGGUCCCCAGGACAUGCCACACUCGUACCGGCCCUGUGGGACCUCACCCUGCAGUGAUGACACCUCAUCCUAGCCCCACCCUGUCCCCUGCUGUCACCCACCGGCUCCUACCCAGUCCCGCGGGGCUGACCAACCCCAGCCCUGCCCGGAUGGCCAAGUGCCACCUCGGCCUGCUCAGCACCCGGGGCAGGGGACGGGAUGUGGCGACACAGUCCCCCCCGUGUUACCCCCAACCAGCUGCUAGGGCCCCGCUCUGCCCUGCGGCCUCUUCAGUCCCUCCUCUUCAGCCCCCAACUCUCCCCUGUACCCGAACCCUUCCCUGCACCCCCAACCCUUCCCUGCACCCCCAACCCUCCCCUGUACACCCAACCCUCCCCUGUACACCCAACCCUCCCCUGCACCCCCAACCCUCCCCUGUACCCCAACAUUCCCCUGUACCCCAACAUUCCCCUGUACCCCCAACCCUUCCCUGUACACCCAACACUCCCCUGCACCCCCCACCCCUCCCCUGCAGCUCCCGCCCCGGCCCCGGCCCUGGCUCCGGCUCCGUCCGGACUCCGUCCUGCCCUGCCCCCGCUUCGGGUCGCCCGCUGCCGCACUCGCGGCCUCCCGAACCUGUCCCCGCUCGGUGCGGGUGCCGUCCCGCCGUUACCGGGUGCGUGUCCCGGCGGCUCCGCAGGGCGGCGGCUGCGGCGGGCGCGGGACGGCGCGGGGACUCCGCCCGACAGGGCGCCCUCUGCCGGCCGGAACCCGCCCGGCUGCGGGUCCUCCGCCACACGGCUCCGCCACACGGCACCGGGCGGGGCCGCGGGCGGGGCGGGGAGCGCGGUCAGGCGGGCUGGACGCGGUUACUGGGCGUGCCGAGUGACCGAGGCGCGGCUCCCGGCCGGGGCGGAGCAGGCCGCUCGCAGCACCGCCCGCGCAGCCGAGACCCCGCCCGGUCCUCCGGGCCGCGAGGAGGGGCUGCUCUCGCGGCGCUCCCUGGGCGGGAGCACGUGUGUCCCGGUACCGAGCGAGGGUCCACGCUCCAUGUUCGCGGAGCAGGGCCGGAACGAUGCAGCGGAGCCGCUGCCUCGGAAGGCCCGGGCCGGCCGGACCCCACGGAAGAGGCGGCUCCCCGGGACCGCUCGAGACGGUGAGGCGGCUCGGAAGCGGCCCCGGAAGCGGAAGAAGGCCGGCGGGCCGCGGGCCGCGGCGGGGCAGCUCCUGGCCGCUCCCGAGGAGCCCCGGCCGGCUGGGCAGCGGCCGGACACAGACGGCCCGGCUGAGCCGGCGGAGGAGCCCGGGAAGCCGGCGGGACUGAGCCGUAGGCAGCGGCGAAACCGGCAGAAGCGGCAGCGGCCGCAGGAGCCGCCGGCGGGGUCGGACGGGGAGCGGGGCUCCGGGCCGGACCCCCCGGACCCGCCGGGCCCCGCGGAGGCUCCGCCGGAGCCCCGCUCGGGCCGCUCGGCCGCGCUCCGCGCGCGGAUGGAGGAGCGGCUGCUCGGCGCCCGGUUCCGCUACCUGAACCAGCAGCUCUACACCGGCACCAGCCGGGACGCGGCGCGCCUCUUCCGCGACGAUCCUGCCGCUUUCCACCUCUACCACCAGGGCUUCGAGCGGCAGGUGCGGCGCUGGCCCGAGCGCCCGGUGCAGCGCAUCGUGCGCUACCUGCGCCGCCGCCCCGCGUCACUGGUGGUGGCGGAUUUCGGCUGCGGGGACUGCACGCUGGCCGCCAGCAUCAAGAACCAGGUGCACUGCUUCGACCUGGUGCCGCUGAGCCCGCGGGUCACCGUCUGUGACAUGGCCAAGGUGCCGCUGGCGGCUGAGGCGGUGGACGUGGCCGUGUUCUGCCUGGCGCUGAUGGGCACCAACCUGCAGGAGAUCCUAGUGGAAGCCAACCGUGUGCUGAAGCUCGGGGGGACCCUGCUGGUGGCCGAGGUGGCCAGCCGCUUCGAGGACACCCGUGCCUUCCUGAGGGCCAUGACGCAGCUGGGCUUCAAGACCGUCUCCAAGGACCUCUCCAGUUCCUAUUUCUACGUGUUGGAGUUCGCCAAGACGGGCCCGGCCUGGCCCGGCCCCGCUCCCGGGCUAUGCCUGCGGCCGUGUCUGUACAAGCGGCGGUGACCGGAGCGCCGGCGCGGGGCGGGACAUUGGGGGCGGGGCCGCGCCGGGAUGGGGCGGGGCCGUGGCGGCUGGCGCCGCCCCCCACGCGUUAUCACCAAUAAAGUCGCUGCUUCCUCUAA